UUAAUGCACCCUUGUUCUCUCCCCACAGACGGACCUGGGGGGCAGAUGGAGGUGCGCCUGGCAUUGCAAGCAUUCGGCUUCAUUGUUCUGGGUGUGGUGGGAAUCCCAGGAAACCUGGCAGCCCUGCUACUCUUCUGCCGUUUAUUUCUCACACAGGGCCACAUGCCGCACAACGAGUUCAUCCUCAGCCAGCUGAUCUUUUCCAACUUGAUGGUGACGGUGUGCCGGGGAAUUCCUCAGGCUCUGACCGCCCUGGGAUUUGAAGAGCUCUUCAGCAACGGUGCGUGCAAAAUAAUCAUCUUCAUCUACCGCGUUAGCCGCGCCAUGUCCAUCACCAUCACCUCCCUGCUGAGCUCCUACCAGUGUGUGGUCAUUGCCCCGUCAACGCCUGGCUGGAUCUUGCUGAAACGCUGGCUUCCCGGCCACCUCCCCCAUGCAAUCGUCUUCCUCUACGGGCUCAAUAUGAUCAUCUACCCCACCGCCCUCCUCUACACUGAGGCUUUCCCUGCCAACAGCACCAUCCCUGAUUUCACCCUCAACCUGCAGUUCUGCAUCGUGGUUUUCCCAGGCCCCAUGUCCUUCUUAGUCAAUGGUGUGGUGUACAUCGUACGGGACUUCGCUUUUGUCGGCCUGAUGGCGGCAGCGGCAGUGUACGUGAUGCUGGUCCUGCAUCGGCACCGUCAGCAGGUUCAGGGCCUGCAGGGGGCCGGCCGGAAGACGGAGGAAGCGACGCGUUCCGUCCUGCUUCUCGUGAGCACGUACGUGACACUGUUCACAAUGGCCAACAUGUUGUGGUUCUACUCCCUCUUCGUCUCUCGUGUGCACCCGGCCAUCAACGACACACGCGUCUUCCUCUCCUCCUGCUACUCCGCCAUCAGUCCUGUGAUCAUCCUUGCCACCAACAGGAAGCUGGCCAUGCGCUUUCAGUGUGGCAGCAAACGCAAGGAAGCUGAAAAUGUCCCCAGCAGCACAAAGUGACACCUCUCGGGCGACACCAACACAAUGAGGGUGAAGAGUGGAAAUUGGGGAGGUAGGGAGGGCAAAUGAUUGCCUUCUAUAUUGAUGUUGUCUAUAAUAUAUCAAUUUUGUGGUCCCGUAUUUAGUUUAAAAAUAAAAAUAUUUGAAUAAAUGAGGAAUACACUUUAACAGAAGAAUUAGUUUUCUCCUUUACUUUGUCAGUUGCAGCAUUUUUAUGUUCACAAGUGAUUUGAUUAAUGUGUAUUUUCUGUACGAUUCAUGGUCCUAACAUGUAUGUAUGGGAAAAAACCCAAUUACAAGAAAAUGUAUUUAUUAUAUAAAGAGUGAAAUAUUCAAAUUUAAGUGCUUGAAAUGAAUAUAUUACAGAUAGAAAUGAAAGUUUUUUAAAAUAAGAAAUCAAAUUGCUGGCCUUUUCUUGAGCCUUGACAGUUGUCUUUCAGAUUCUGAUGUCCUUAUACCUGCUGACUAAAUGCUCCUUUUAUUUUAUCCUUAUUAUUAAACACAGAUGCAUUAAUGGUAGAGCAACUGGAAGUGAGAGGUCAGUAACCACUCCAGCAUGCAGGCUGAUUCACUAUAGAAUAGCCCAGGCACUACAGCCUAAUUGAUAAGUGCUACUGAUGCAUUACUACCUCCUGUCCAUGUCUAGGUAUACAAGUUAUUCAAAGCUUUAAAAUGGUAUGAAAAUGCAAUCAAUUAUAAUAUUGGGGUUAAUGCUUAUUCUGCUGAAUUCAGUGUGCGUAUUGUAAGCUAGUAUCACCUCUGA